AAAGCCUAGCAAAAAUUCUCAAGAGCAACCCUAGGUUCCAAACUCGCAAGUGCAUAAUUAAACUAUGGAGCGCCGUUCUCGCCCUCUAUCUCUUUGCCAUGUUAACACAAAAUCCAUCGUCAUCAACCGUACACACAUGCUCAUCCAUGCAUUAGCUAUAAUCGUUCUCAUACACUUUAGAGCUUCUUAUUUCUUCACCGAAACUAGUUCCAGAAGCAAGCCCACUAUUUUGGCUUGGGUUAUGAUAUUCCUAGCCGAACUGAUGUUAUCCUUCUUUUGGCUCCUCAACCAAGCCCACCGAUGGCGACCCGUGACGCGGACUGCCUUCCCUGAGAGACUGCCGGAAGACGGCAAACUUCCGCCGAUAGAUGUGUUUGUGUGCACGGCGGACCCUGAUAAAGAGCCGACCGUGGAUGUGAUGAGCACGGUGAUAUCAGCAAUGGCGCUUGACUAUCCACCGGAGAAGAUCCACGUGUAUCUCUCGGACGACGGGGGGUCGCCGCUCACCUUGUAUGGGAUGAGGGAGGCAUAUGAUUUUGCGAGGCGGUGGUUGCCGUUUUGUAAGAGGUUUGGGAUAAAGACGAGGUGUCCAAAGGCUUAUUUCAGGGAUGACGGUGAUGAUGAAGAGGAUGACGAUGGGGUUGAUGGGAGAUCUAGUGACGAGUAUGACUCGGAGAAGCGGAAAGUCAAGGAGAAGUAUGAGUUAUUCAAGGCACGAAUAAAUCGAUACAGAGCUAGCUGCCACGGAGACUCAUGUCUUAAUGGUCGGGAUCAUCCAUCUACAGUUGAGAUGAUCCGAGGAAGUUCCGCUGAUGAAGUUGUGCAAGCAGACAAACAAAACAUGCCUCUGCUCGUAUAUGUCGCGAGAGAAAAAAGACCUUCUCACCAUCAUCACUUUAAAGCUGGAGCUCUAAAUGUUCUUCUUCGAGUCUCUGGAGUGAUGAGCAAUUCGCCUUAUUUUCUGGUAUUGGACUGCGACAUGUACUGCAAUGAUCCUUCUUCGGCAAGGCAGGCCAUGUGCUUCCACUUGGAUCCAGAAAUAUCUCCUUCGCUAUCAUUUGUCCAAUUUCCUCAAAGAUUCCAUAACAUCAGUGAGAACGACAUCUAUGAUGGCAAGAUGCGAUCGUACUUUUGGACAUCAUUGUGCGGAAUGGAUGGACUGAAGGGGCCUGUAUUAUCUGGUACCGGCUUUUAUAUCAAGAGAGAGUCAUUGAAUGGUAAAUCCAUACAUGAAGGGACCGAUGUCAUGGACUUAAUGAAGCUCUUUGGCAAUUCAAAAGAAUUCAUUAAGUAUCUGCAGCAGAAUGACCAGCCGAGCAGGAACAUUAUCCUUGGCGACUCUGCAGCUUUCUGGAGAGAAGCCCAGUUCUUAGCUUCUUGUGGAUAUGAAAGUGGCACCAAAUGGGGUCAAGAGGUGGGCUUCCUGUACCAAUCUGUGGCGGAAGACUACUUCACAGGCUUUACCUUGCACUGCAAAGGAUGGACAUCGGUGUAUUAUAGCCCGUUGAGGCCACAGUUCAUGGGAACAUCGACGACAAAUUUGAAUGACCUGUUGAUUCAAGGCACGAGAUGGAGUUCGGGGCUCGCUGAAGUCGGCUUCUCUGGAUUCUGUCCUCUGAUUUAUGGCUCACUGAGGAUGCCAAUUUUGCAAAGCAUGUGCUAUGCUGAACUUGCAUUUUUCCCACUCUUUUGCUUGCCCAUUUGCAUCUUUGCCACUAUUCCUCAGAUCUGUCUAUGGAAUGGCAUCGCCAUAUAUCCAAAGGUUUCAAGUACAUAUUCCAUGGUAUUUUCCCUGGUGUUUGUUUCAUCACUCUGCAAGCACCUGUACGAAGUCGUUGCCAGCGGUCACUCGGCUCGAGCGUUCAUAAACGAGCAACGGAUGUGGAUGAUCAGGUCGGUGACUAGUCACGUGUAUGGAACAAUGGACGCAACCCUGAAGCAACUUGGCAUGAGAAAAGCUAGCUUCUCGCCGACGAAUAAGGCUGCCGAUGACCAGCAAUCGAAGAGAUACGAGAUGGGCGUAUUUGAUUUCCAGACAUCCACGAUGUUUUUGGCUCCGAUGGUGACCGCAGUGAUAUUGAACGUGGCUUGCUUUGUUGGAGGAAUCACCAGGGCGCUUCUCUUAGGAUGUUGGGACCAAUUGCUUAUGCAAAUGGUUCUGGUUCUUUUCGUCCUAGUAAUGAGUUACCCUGUGACCGAAGGGAUGGUACUAAGGACGGACAAAGGACGCAUUCCGCCAUCGGUCUCUUUAGUAUCGGCUACACUUUGCUUGGCAUUAUUGAGUCUAGGCUCGGCUUUCUUGGGUACUGAGUGAUUGGAGUUGACGAUCCUUGUCGGAUGGAUGAGACCUGGGUUAGGUUAGAUUUGUAUCACUACCUCUUAAAUAUAAAGCUAGAGAAUUGUCUGGUUUAUUCUCUCAAACCUUUGCCACAAGAAGUCAUGGGAGGCAUUCUAUCUUAAAGCUGCGAUCAAUUUACUGUCGUUUUUCUCUCA